AUGGCGGAUUCCCCAGCCAUUUCCAGGAACCGUUUACUUGCGAGAACAGACUCCAUGCGCUUCUUUUCUUCCGGAAGAUUCAUGAGCUUUGCUUACGGUUUCACCUGUGCUUCCAUCUUGUUCAUGCUCUUCCUCGUUCUCAAUCCUUCGAGCUAUCAACUCGCUCCAAGAAUCAAAAACGCUUUUCACCCUUCUCGCAGAUAUAACUUCUCUACGGUUUUAGCUCACAUAUUCUAUAACUCUUCCUAUUCUCCACCCCCUUACACCCCUCAUAGCUUCAAUGAUAGACCUAAACAUGAAGAUCUUUCCUUAGAAAGUGGAAGUUCUAAGAAUGGUGAUGGUGCAAUAGAUCAUCAUGGGCUAGGGGGUGCUCCUCCUCCCCCUCAGAUUUCAAGAAAAGAAGGUUCUGGACUUGCACCAAAGGAGGGUUUGAGAAGGGAUGGUUCUCAAAGUGGUGGUGCACAUGUGCACCCACCAAGUGAGGAACAUAGAAUUCAGACACCACCACAAGAGCCUUCCCUCACUGCAUGGUCACCAAUACCAACUCCUACCACAUGGUCACCAUCACCAACUCCAACUACAUCAUGGCCACCAUCACCACCAACAGCUUCUCCAAAUAUGACGGGUGGUGUGGAAACGGGGAAUAGUUGUGAUAUGUAUGAAGGGUCAUGGGUUAGAGAUGAUUCAUAUCCACUUUACAGUGCUGGGUCUUGUCCCUUUAUUGAUGAGCCUUUUAACUGUUUCGCCAAUGGUAGGAGUGAUAAUAUUUAUGAGAAGUACAGGUGGCAGCCCAAGAAUUGCAACAUUCCAAGGUUAAAAGGUAGCGACAUGUUGGAGAUACUAAGAGGGAAACGUUUAGUCUAUAUUGGUGAUUCUCUCAAUAGGAAUAUGUGGGAAUCUCUGGUUUGUACUCUUAGAAAUUCAGUGGAAGAUAAGAGCCGCAUGUUUGAAGCCUCUGGUAGAGAAGAAUUUCGAACAGAGGGUUCUUACUCAUUUAUCUUCAAAGAUUACAAUUGCUCAGUUGAGUUCUUCCGUUCACCAUUUCUUGUUCAAGAGUGGGAGAUUCCGGACCAGAAAGGAUCAACGAAAGAAACACUUCGUCUUGAUUUGGUUGAGAGAUCUUGUGAUAAGUACAAAGAUGCAGAUGUUCUUAUCUUCAACACAGGUCACUGGUGGACUCAUGAGAAAAGAAUUGAAGGGAAGGGAUAUUAUCAAGAAGGAGAUCAUAUCCAUGGACAAAUGAAUGUUGAGGAGGCAUUUCGUAGAGCUUUGAUGACAUGGUCACAGUGGGUGGAUACCAAUGUUGAUUCUAAGAAAACUGCAGUUUUCUUCAGGGGUUAUUCUCCAUCACACUUCAGAGGUGGAGAAUGGAAUUCAGGUGGUCAGUGUGAGAAUGAGACAGAACCAAUGAAGAAUGAGUCCGACUUGUCAGAAAAUCCUCCAAUGAUGAGGACCAUUGAGUCAGUAAUUGAGAGAAUGAAGACUCCAGUGUUCUAUUUGAACAUCACAAAAAUGACUGAUAUCAGGCGUGAUGCUCACCCUUCCUUGUACAGAAACGAGAAUAUGACUGAAGAGACAAAAAAAUACAUGCUUACACAUCAGGAUUGUAGCCAUUGGUGUCUUCCCGGUGUUCCUGAUUUGUGGAAUGAAUUAGUGUAUGCUCACCUUUUAAAUAGGAUCAACGAAAACAAGGACAAACACCCAGAAUAA